AUGUGUUCAGCCUUUAGCAUACGAUCCAUUUUAGGUGAUGACAACAUUGAAGGGCAGGAAAAUGAAGAAUCGCAAACAUCUUCGGGCUCCGAAGACUCUGGCGAUGCUAGGCCUGGCUACACUUACAGCGCGUUGAUUUUUAUGGCCUUACGCAGCAGUCCCGAGAAACGUCUGACAUUGAACGGCAUUUGUGAAUGGAUAGCUAAGAAUUAUCCGUACUAUCAGAAAAACAAAACUCAAUGGACGAAUUCUAUUCGUCAUAAUUUAAGCUUAUGUCCGUACUUCGAGAAAGUCCAAAGAGCUUUGGAUGAUCCUGGACGUGGCAAUUAUUGGACUAUCAAUCCAUUAUAUGAAGGCUUGAAAGUCGGCGAAACAACCGGACGUCUAAGGGGCAAUAGUAACUGUGAUCUUAUCCAACAACAACAACAACAAUGCUUCGCUGCCGAAUGUGCCAGUCUCUGUCCAAGCUAUCCGUAUCGACCGUGUUUGAAUAGUGCACCAUUUGCUCAGCAUCCUACACUGCAUGCUGUGUACUUUCCCACCCCGGAAGAGAUACAUUUCGUUCAGCAGGCGGCGAUAAUGCAAAAGCAAAGAGAACAAUAUUGGAGUUUGUACCAACAAAAUCCGCAACAACCAAAUGUGUCAUGCGGAGCCAGCUUCCACACACAGUCGACUUCAAUGUAA